AUGUCGGCGGUCUCUGCGGCUGAUGCUGAGAAUCCACUCAAGGGCGUCGAGGCGUUCGUGUUCGACGUCUGGGGGACGGUCGUGGACUGGCGCAAGGGCGUCGCGGAGCACCUCCGCGCGUUCUUCGACGGGAAGCUCGACGAAGACUGGGACAGCUUCACCGCCGAGUGGAGGGAGAACUACUACCAGCAGACGUUCUCUAUCGCUGCUGGAGGUGCGGGCUCGAUCAACGUCGAUGUCAUGCACCGCGGGAUCCUUGAUAAGAUGCUCGCGUCCCCACGCUGGGAGCACGUCGCGCCGCAUCUCGACGAGAGCGCGCGGCACGAGCUCGUGCUCUUCUGGCACCGCGUCCCCGGCUGGCCGGACACGGUUGAGGGUCUGUACGGCAUGAAGAAGCACGCGAUCAUCGGGACGCUCUCGAACGGGAGCAUCCGCACGCUCGUCGAUAUGGCAAAGUACGCGGAGCUCCCGUGGGACGUCCUCUUCUCGUCCGAGCUGCUGGGGUCGUACAAACCGAACCCGAAGAUGUACCUCGGCGCGCUGACCCACCUCAACCUGCAGCCGCACCAGUGCGCCAUGGUCGCCGCGCACAUCUACGACCUGCGCGCGGCCGCGACCCACGGCAUGAAGGCCGUGUUCGUGCGCCGCCCGCGCGAGCCAAACGCGCCGGACGACAUACGCCCCAAGAGCGAGGGCGGCGAGGUCGACGUGUACGUCGAGUCCUUCGUCGAGAUCGCUAACCUGUUGGCGGAGGCGAAGGGCGCGCCCGCGUGA